UCCCUGAGCUAGACCAGCCAUGGCGGCGAUGAAGACCCUAAAUCCCAAAGCCGAGGUGGCCCGGGCGCAGGCAGCGCUGGCGGUGAACAUCAGCGCGGCACGGGGCCUGCAGGAUGUUCUGAGGACCAACUUGAGGCCUAAAGGCACCAUGAAGAUGCUUGUAUCUGGUGCUGGUGACAUCAAACUUACUAAAGAUGGCAAUGUGCUACUUAAUGAAAUGCAAAUUCAACACCCAACAGCCUCUUUGAUAGCAAAAGUGGCUACAGCGCAGGAUGACAUAACCGGCGAUGGCACUACAUCCAAUGUCCUCAUCAUCGGGGAGCUGCUCAAACAAGCGGACCUCUACAUUUCUGAAGGUCUUCAUCCCAGAAUAAUAACUGAAGGUUUUGAAGCUGCAAAGGAAAAGGCACUCCAGUUUUUGGAACAAGUCAAAGUAAGCAAAGAGAUGGACAGAGAAACACUCAACGAUGUGGCCAGGACAUCUCUGCGGACUAAAGUUCAUGCUGAGCUUGCAGAGGUCUUGACAGAGGCUGUGGUGGACUCCAUUUUGGCCAUUAGGAAAAAAGAUGAGCCCAUUGACCUCUUCAUGGUUGAGAUCGUGGAGAUGAAGCAUAAAUCUGAAACUGAUACAAGCUUAAUCAGAGGGCUUGUUUUGGAUCAUGGGGCGCAGCAUCCUGAUAAGAAGAAAAGAGUAGAAAAUGCCUACAUCCUCACAUGCAACGUGUCCUUGGAGUAUGAGAAGACAGAAGUGAAUUCUGGGUUUUUUUUUUUUUUUUUUUUUUUUUUUUUUUACAAGAGUGCAGAAGAGAGAAAGGCUGAAAGAAAAUUCAUUGAAGAUAGAGUUAAAAAAAUCGUAGAACUGAAGAAGAAAGUCUGUGGUGAUUCAGAUAAAGGAUUUGUCAUUAUUAAUCAAAAGGGGAUUGACCCCUUCUCUUUAGAUGCUCGGAAAGAAGGUAUCAUAGCUCUGCACAGAGCCAAGAGGAGAAACAUGGAAAGGCUGACUCCUGCUUGUGGUGGGAUAGCUCUGAACUCCUUUGAUGACCUGAAUCCUGACUGUUUGGGACAUGCAGGGCUUUUCUAUGGGUAUACAUUGGGUGAGGAGAAGUUCACCUUUAUUGAGAAAUGUAACAAUCCCUGUUCUGUCACUUUACUGGUUAAAGGACCAAACAAGCACACACUGACUCAGAUCAAGGAUGCAAUCAGAGAUGGCUUGAGGGCUGUCAAAAAUGCUAUUGAUGAUGGCUGUGUUGUCCCGGGUGCAGGUGCAGCAGAAGUGGCACUGGCAGAGGCUCUGAUUAAAUACAAGCCCAUUGUGAAGGGCAGAGCUCAGCUUGGGGUCCAGGCAUUUGCAGAUGCCUUGCUCAUCAUUCCCAAGGUUCUCGCGCAGAACUCUGGUUUUGACCUUCAGGAAACAUUAGUUAAAGUUCAAGCUGAACAUUCAGAAUCCGGUCAGCUUGUGGGUGUGGAUCUGAACACAGGUGAGCCAAUGGUGGCCACAGAAAUGGAUGUGUGGGAUAACUACUGUGUAAAGAAGCAGCUGCUUCACUCCUGUACUGUGAUCACCACCAACAUUCUCCUGGUUGACGAGAUCAUGAGAGCUGGGAUGUCCUCUCUGAAGGGCUGAAGUCUGCCUGUGAUGCUACAGAAUAUUGGGGGGGGGAUUUUUUUUUUUUGUCCAAGCUUCAAGUGAUUUGGAAAAGAAUUUUCUCUUCCUGAUUGGAGAAAAGGAACAGGACAUUUGGCACCUAUUCAAAUUAUAAUACUGUAAAUUUUAUUUAAUUUUUUUUUGCAUUGAGUGAACACAUUUAAAGCAGGUCUUCUUAAAUCCACUGAACAAGAUGUUUUCGUUACAGUGAUACAAAAUUACAUAAUAAGCAUUGUUGUCUACCUUGUUCCUCAAGUGUUCUUUGAAAUUUUGUAAUGGUUUUCUCCUAAAUAAGGCAUGGUGAUACCUGCCUGUAAGCCUAGCACUUUGGAAAUAAAGUCAGAAGUUCUGCACCAACUCAGGCUACAGGA